GCCGGGGCUGAGCCGAGCGGGCGGCGGCUCCGCGGCGGGCCGCGGCCACCAUGCUGGGCCUGGACGCGUGUGAACUGGGGGCGCAGCUGCUGGAGCUGCUCCGACUGGCGCUGUGCGCCCGAGUCCUCUUGGCUGACAAGGAAGGGGGGCCAACUCCGCUGGAUGAGGCGCUGGAUGAAGCUGUGCCAGAGUACCAGGCCCCUGGGAAGAAGAGCAUGCUGGCAAUCUGGGAGCUGGACCCUGAGGAUUCAAGCCUGACCAAGUACAAGCAGGCACUACUGGGGCCCCUGCCACCCCUCAUGGACCCCAGCCUGCCCAACGUGCAGGUGACUAGGCUGACGUUGAUGUCUGAGCAGGCUCCAGGGCCCAUCACUAUGGAUCUGACAGGAGACCUGUCUGCGCUGAAAAACCAGGUAUUUGUCCUGAAGGAGGGCAUUGAAUACAAGGUGAAGAUCACUUUCAAGGUCAACAAGGAGAUCGUCAGUGGCCUCAAGUGUCUGCAUCAUACCUUCUGGAGAGGCCUUCGUGUGGAUAAGGCUGUCUACAUGGUGGGCAGCUAUGGCCCCAGGGCCCAGGAGUAUGAGUUCGUGACUCCAGUGGAGGAGGCGCCGAGGGGCUCAUUGGUGCGUGGCCCCUAUGUGGUCAGGUCCCUUGUCACGGAUGACGACAGGAUGGAACAUCUGUCCUGGGAGUGGUGCCUCCACAUCUGUCAGGACUGGAAGGACUGAACCCCACGUCCCCACCUGUCAGUGGCACAAAUAUCAUAAGCAUUCCCCUGCUCCCAAGUCGGUAACUAGAUGUCCUACACCCUCUCUCUGUCCUGCCUCCUGCCUGGUGCCCUAAACAGCUCCAUUAAACGUCACCCUGUCUCGCU